AUGGAUGCCCUCGUCGGCACGCUGCUCCGCGAGGAGCGCGCCGCGGCCGCAUCUCGGCAAAAGAGCUGCAACGCUUGCGUCCGGGGCAAGCGCCGUUGUGACAAGCGGACGCCCCGGUGCACCCGGUGCGCGAACAAGGGGCUUGAGUGUGUCUACCAGCGGAUGCCGCCGCCGUCGUCGCCUCAUCACCAUCACCACCACCACCAUCACGCCUCUUCUGCCGCGACGACGUCGACGACGCCCAACUCUACCAACGGCACCUCCACCGCCAACAACAACACUAACAAUCUCAACGGUAACGGCAACGCCUGCUCCGGCUCCUCCGCCUCAAGUACCACCAACUGCACGCCGCCGGGCCUCGGCGACGUGCCCGAAUUUGACAUGGGCUUCGACAUGGACAGCCUGGGCACCGACACGAGCUCCGAGAGCAUGCACAACGGCGCCGCCAACUGCAACCACCACGCUGGCGUCGCGGGCGACGACAACGUCGGCAACAUCCUCGGCGGCGUCGACUUUUCCAUCGUCGACCUCAUGAACGCCUCGGGUGGCGCCGGCGCCGCCGACAUCUGGAACCUGCACCCGGGCUAUCACGACGCCGGCUCCGGCAGCGGCAAGCUCGACCUCCCGCCGCUGCCGACGAUGCCGCCCGCGGCGACGAUGACGGAGACCCUCGAACAGCAGCAACAAGAGUCCCAGCUUCACCAGCAACCACAGCAGCCCGUCCGCGACCUCUCCGUCCUCAAGGCCAACGAGCAGGCCUGCCUCGACGUCGACCCCCUGCAGGUGCACGACCCGCGCACGCGCGUCGGCUUCAUCGUUUCCUUCCUCACCAACCUGCACUCGACAUUCGCCUCGACGCGCGCCCUGCCGUUCAUGCACCCGCGCCUGUGGGCGACGCAGCUGCCCAAGACGAUGCUCGCCGCCUACGCCGCCGCGGCUGCCUACUCGGGGCGGUCACCCGCCAACAAGGCCUGGGCCAUGCGCCUCCUCGCCGACGCCGCCCGCGACGUCCACCGCGAGGGCGAGCGCGCCGUCACCCCCGCCGAUAGGCUCGCCCGCGUCCAGGCCAUGACGGUGCUCAACUCGAUGCGCGUCUUCGACGGCGACGUCGGCAUGCGCGCCGCCGCGGAGCGCGAGAUGUGCAUCAUGCUCGCCUGGGUCAAGGACCUGGAGCUCGCAAAGGACGAGCUCGAAGCCGAGUCGCGCGUCAAUGGUCAGCGCGUGGGCGGCAAGGAGGCCAACCCCAAGAGCUGGGAAAGUUGGAUCUUCCUCGAGAGCGCCCGACGCAGCAUCAUGGCCGCCUACGCCUUCAUGUGCGUCAUUUACGUGCUCAAGUCGGAAGAACGUAUGCAAUCCCCCUAUUCCCUCCCCCCGCAGCCGCAGCCACAGCCGCUUCUGCCGCAACCACCAUUGGCGUCCUCGUCGUCGUCUUGGUGGCCGCAGCAGCAGCAGCCGCAACUGCAGCAGCAACCCCUUGCUAUUUCACCGACUACCUGGGCUAAUCAUGGACUCUUCUCGCGCGCAGCCGACUGCGGCAUGUGGAGCGAGACACAGAGCUUUACCGCCUCGCGGCACCUUUGGGACGCGGCGUCCUCGGUCGAGUUUUACCGCGCCUGGCGCGAAAAGCCUCAGUGGUGGAUCGAAAACCUGUCCUUCAAGGACUUUUGGAUGUACGGGCGGCCCGGCGAUAUUGACGACUUUACGCGCCUGAUGCUUACCACGCAAGUUGGCACUGAUGCCAUGGAUCACUUCAUGGAGGGCGAGACCACAAUUCCUGUGUGA